GAAGGAGGAGGAGAAAAGAGCAACAAGAAGGCGCAGAAAGAGGAGGAGAAAGAGGCGGAAAACAAGUGGAAGUGGUGGGAAGAGGAGAAGAAGGACGAUGGGGUGAAGUGGACGCAGCUGGAGCACAAGGGGCCCUACUUUGCCCCCCUUUAUGAGCCCCUUCCCGAGGAUGUGAGGUUUUAUUACGAUGCUUCAGCCCUGGACUCGUUUUUGAUGGAUCCAGGCAAGGAGGGGGAGAAGGACUGGCAGAAGUACGAGGUCGCUCGGCGCUUGAAGGACGUGGUCCAUGAAAUCCGGGCCCGGUACCGAGCGGAUUGGAAAUCCAAGGAGAUGAAGAACAGGCAAAGAGCAGUGGCCCUCUACUUCAUUGAUAAGCUGGCCCUGCGAGCCGGGAACGAGAAGGAGGAAGGGGAGACGGCGGACACAGUCGGCUGCUGCUCCCUGCGCGUGGAGCAUGUCCGGCUGCACCGCCGGCUGGACGGGCAGGAGCACGUGGUGGAGCUGGAUUUCCUCGGGAAGGAUUCCAUCCGCUACUACAACAAGGUGGCGGUGGAGAAGCAGGUCUUCAAGAACCUGCAGCUGUUUAUGAAGAACAAAGACCCCUCAGAUGACCUCUUCGACAGCCUCAAUACAACCUUCCUGAACAAACACCUCCAGCACCUGAUGGAUGGUUUGACGGCCAAGGUGUUCCGGACCUACAACGCCUCCAUCACCCUGCAGGAGCAGCUCAAGGCCCUCACUAACCCUGAAGACAACGUUGCUGGGAAGCUCCUCUCCUACAACCGAGCCAACCGCGCCGUGGCCGUGCUGUGCAACCAUCAGAGGUCCGUGCCCAAAACCUUUGCCAAAUCCAUGGAAAUCCUG